AUGUCGGAAAAUCCGGUGGAGAAAAGGUCGCGUUGUGGGUUGUUGGGUUUAGUGUUUGGUAGACGUGGCUUGUGGUCCAAGAAAUGUAACACGGACCAUGGUAGCCAUAAAAGCACAAUGAGUAGCAGCAACGCCUCCUCUGCUACUGCUACCACUGCUAACAUUCAGUUCACCAAAUCUCCAGGUACCGAAUUAAACCCCAAAAAGCUUCAAGAUCAAAGAGUUUCACCUGAACCUCUCCAGAUGCAGAACCAGAUACAGAGACCACAACCCUCAUCGAAUCCAUACCCUAAUAACCAUCAUAAUGGUAACUACCAACAGAGUAAUAAUCCAGGACCGGUCCAACAACAAGCAAAGAAAGUGCCAAGGGAAGCCAUCGGUUUAUCAGGUGAACUAGAGAGCAUGAUCAUGGAUAAUCAGAAAGCAAAAGGGAAGAAUGGCUCCAUGGUUAGAGCAUCUUCAAGCAAUGUGAUGUUGUUUGGCAAUCUUGGGAACUUGAAGCAGCCUGGAGCAGCGGUUGGGAAUCAGAAAACUGUUCAGAACAAUGGAUAUGGUAGUGCUGGUGGAGGGUAUGGGACGAGGAAGACGAUGGAAGAGGAAAUACGGACAUCGGUUGCACCUGCGGACUCUGUUUCUAAUAAUAACCAAGAUCAAUCAGGAACUUUGUGCAGAGCGAUUUCCACGCGAAUGGAUCCGGAAACGUUGAAAAUAAUGGGGAAUGAAGAUUACAAAAACGGGAAUUUCGCAGAGGCCUUAGCUUUGUAUGACGCUGCAAUAGCCAUCGAUCCGAAGAAGGCUGCGUAUCGUAGCAACAAAAGCGCGGCUUUAACGGCGUUGGGGAGGAUCCUUGAAGCAGUAUUUGAGUGUAGAGAAGCAAUCAGAAUGGAGCCUCAUUACCAUAGAGCACACCAUCGCUUGGCUAACUUGUACCUCAGGUUAGGAGAGGUGGAGAAGUCAAUAUAUCAUUUCAAGCAUUCGGGUCCAGAAGCAGACCAAGAAGACAUUUUGAAGGCUAAAACGGUACAAACACAUCUCAACAAAUGCACAGAGGCCAAAAGAUUGCGAGAUUGGAACACUCUGAUCAAAGAAACGGAAAACACCAUAGCUUCAGGCGCCGAUGCAGCUCCUCAAGUUUAUGCAUUGCAAGCAGAGGCCUUUCUAAAGAGUUACAGACAUCAAGAGGCCGAUCAUGCUUUGUCUAGAUGUCCUGUUUUCGAUGUGGAAAUGAGCACCAAAUAUUACGGACCGAUCGGUUACGCCGGUUUCUUGGUCGUCUGGGCUCAGGUUCACAUGUCUUCCGGCAGAUUCGGAGAGGCCGUGGAGGCGAUUCAACGAGCGAGCAAGCUGGAUGGGAACAACAGGGAAGUGAGUAUGGUUCUCCGGCGUGCGCAGGCGGUUACGGCGGCGCGGUCUAAAGGCAACGAUUUUUUCAAAGCCGGAAGAUUUCAAGAAGCAAGCGCGGCUUAUGGAGAAGGAUUAGACCACGACUCGAGAAACUCAGUCUUGCUAUGUAACCGAGCGGCUUGUCUCUCCAAAAUGGGCCAAUACGAUAGAGCCGUUGAGGACUCCACGACGGCACUCGCCGUCCGUCCUGGCUACGCCAAGGCUCGACUCAGAAGAGCCGAUUGUAACGCUAAGCUUGGGAAUUGGGAAUCGGCUAUUGGAGAUUACGAGAUACUUAAAAAAGAGACACCGGAAGACGAGGAAGUGAUCAGAGGAUUGUCGGAGGCUCAGAAGCAGCUCGUGAAACGCCGUGGCCAUGACUCUUGAAACCUCCCGGCGAUUAAAACAAAACCCCUGAGA